ACAACGACCUCUACUGUAGUUUUAAAUGCAGACAACCAGUGAUGACAACAAACAUCAUAUGAUUUGUGAUUAAUAUAUUGACAAAACAUUUGAUGGCAUAUCAUAUCAUAUCAUAUGAUAUCUUAAUUGAUAACUAAAUGACUGGUUUGACAACAAUUGUCUACAAUAAUAACCAUCAAAUUGGUGGCUAAUUAUUGUCUAAAUAUUCAUAAAAAUAUAAGUAAAACUCAACUUUAGUACAAAUUUAAAUUAAUCACAAAAUGAAUGACGAAGACGAACGUCUGGAGCGACCAUUGAUUGCACCGAUAGGUCAGAGUAGCGGUUCUCGAGAUCAAUCAUGCGGUGAAAGCGAUACCAUUAUUAUUGAAGAGUCUGGAUGUAUGGCAUCCCCUUUAUGUCAUCCACUAUACAGUCUUCAUCGAUAUUUUGUGCUUAUCUUUAUGUGUUUUCUUGGUUUUGGUAGUUAUUUCUGUUACGACGGUCCCGGAGCUCUACAAAAGCAGAUCACGACAGACAUGAAUGUCGGUGUGUCUGAGUUUUCUGCACUCUAUGCGUGGUAUUCGUGGCCUAAUGUCAUACUUUGCUUCUUCGGUGGUUUUCUCAUUGAUCGCUUGUUAGGCAUACGAUUGGGUGCUAUUAUAUUCAGUGUAUUCAUAUUGAUUGGACAAUUGGUGUUAGCAUUGGGCGCUUUUACCAAUAGGUUUUGGCUCAUGAAUUUUGGACGAUUCAUUUUUGGCAUCGGUGGUGAAUCAUUAGCCGUCACUCAAAACACAUAUGCCGUGUCGUGGUUUAAGAACAAAGAGAUAAAUAUGGUGUUUGGUCUUCAGUUAAGUUUUGCACGGGUGGGCAGUACUGUCAACUUUAAUGUAAUGAAACCACUAUACGAUACGGUUAACAAUUAUAUAACUCAUACAACUGGUCACACAACUCUUGGCAUAACAUUAUCAUUAGCUGCCAAUACGUGUGUCUUUUCAUUAAUAUGUGCUUUGAUUUUGGCUUUUUAUGAUAAAAGAGCCGAACGUAUCUUAAAGCGAUCCAACUGUCAAACCGGUGAAAUCGUACGGAUAACUGAUGUUAAAGACUUUAAGACAUCAUUUUGGAUGAUUACCUUCAUAUGCAUCACAUAUUAUGUCGCAAUUUUUCCAUUUACUGCUUUGGGAGGGACAUUUUUUCAAAGAAAAUAUCAAAUGGACCAAAAAGAGGCCAAUGGUGUCGAUAGCAUUAUUUAUAUAAUAUCUGCAGUGUUAUCACCUUUUUUGGGAAUAGCCGUUGACCUAACUGGUCGUAACAUAGUUUGGGUGUUUAGUGCAGUUGUGAUAACUUUAAUAAGUCAUUCAUUAUUGGCUUUUACUUUUGUGAAUCCAUGGAUUGCUAUGAUUUUAAUGGGUAUCGGAUAUUCAAUAUUAGCGUGUGCUUUGUGGCCAAUGGUUGCAAUGGUGAUUCCCGAACACCAAUUGGGAACAGCGUAUGGUGUCAUGCAAUCGGUUCAAAAUUUAGGUUUAGGUUGUAUUGUAUUGUUGGCCGGUUAUAUUGUAGACAAAAUGGGUUACAUUGCUUUAGAAGUAUUUUUCCUAUUAUGGAUGUGCUUGUGUCUCAUCUUUGUUAUCAUUUUAUUUAUAAAUGAUUUAAAACAUAAUGGUUUUUUAAAUAUGUCUACAAAACAACGAAAACUUUUAACCGAAGUGAAUGAAAAUGACAGACAAUCGACAAAUAAUAUAUCAGAAACACUUUCAUCACAUGAUAUACUGACUUAUGGAUAGGACACUAAUAUAAGGAAUAAUUAACUAAAAAUAAUGUUUGACAUUAAACUAUUUGAUAUACAGUAAGUAUUUAUAUGUCAU